AUGCACCCCCACUUGCUUCUGUGGUCCAGCCCUGGGCAGACCGGAGGCAUGGCAAUGACUGCCUGCUGUCGUCGCGUGUCUGCACCCUUCAUCACACUUCAUCACACGACUAGAGCUUGCUCUAAUAGUUGGAGGAAGGGUGGACUCAUGCAAGUUGGUGGAACGAGGAUGGGGAGAGCCGGUUUGAAUGAUGGCUGUUGCUAA